AUCUGAACUCUUCAUUUUCUCUAUCUCCAAACUCAACUGCUUCGUCUCCUAGAUCUGCAAUGGAUUCGUACGAUUUGCGCUUCGAAUCCAUUAUCCCGGAGACACAAUUUGAGGAUAUUGGAAUUGAUGAUGGGGAUUUCAUCUCUGACAAGGUGGAGGACGAGGUCAUCGUCAUCGCCAGCGACGACGAUAUGGCCGAUGUUGCCCCGGUCAGAGAGAGGAAGGACGUUGUCCUUCUUGAAUCUCAGAAAGACACUGUUUUUCUUCUUGGGAGGGAGGAGCCUAACUUCGUUGUUCUAGACGGUGAUAUUGAUGAUGCUGAUUGGUGCGAAAAAAUAGACUUAGGCUUAUGGAUGGCAGCUGCAAGUGAUCUUAUAGUAGUCCUCCGCCUCAGGGGAGUGUCUGUUAUAGCCUUUACAUCCAUGACAGCCCUUUUUCUGCCACUUUUUCCUGCCAUUCUAUUUCUGACAUCAAUGGCAAUGCCCAGCUCUAAUUGUUUCUUUGCAAUGGCCCAUAUGCUACUGACUGUUCUUGUAGACACUUUACAUUGUGCUGCAAGGCCGCCUGGACAUCGGGAUGAAAAAAGGAAGAGGAAUAAAGCUGAAUGUGAAAGGAUUGUUGAAAAGAUUAGGAAGACAAAGAUGGAGAAGAAAGGGGAGUAGUGCUGGGUGUUACUGUAAUAAUCUUGGGGAGGGGGU